UUCUCUUAGACCACUACUCCAAGAACAGACUCCGAAUUACUUUUCUCCCUCUUUCUCUUCUCUAUUUUUGAGAGAAUUUUUCUUGCUUUUAAAAUUUUUUGUUUAGAUUCAAACGAUGGAAAAAAGAGUGUCCAUUUGGGAAUUCUUGAUAUUAUUAAUGAAUUGACCGUGAUCGAGGAGAUUGUGGUUAUUUUUGGACGCUUUUCAAGUGUUGAUAGACAGAUGGAGGAAGGCGAAGAGCCUACUGUGAUUAGCAGGACAAGCCAGUCUAGGGUUUUGCCCCGAAGGCUGCUUCAAUCGCUUUUUCUUUUUCUGUUCUUGUGUUUCACUUUCUCUAUAACUAAUAUCUAUACGAUUAAGCAUUUUGGAGUUCAAAGUGUAGUAAUGACUACAGUAAAGCCUAGUUUACAGUCCUGCAAUGGGGAAGCACCCAAUAAUCUGGACCAUUGGAUGCGGCCUACUGCCGAUUUGAAUCAUUCAAUGAGCGAGGAGGAGUUGUUGUGGAGGGCAUCUUUUGCUCCCAGAGUGAAGAAGUAUCCAUUUAAGAGGGUUCCGAAGAUUGCAUUCAUGUUCUUGACUAAGGGGCCAUUGCCAUUGGCACCUCUUUGGGAGAGGUUUUUUAAGGGUCACAAGGGAUUGUAUUCAAUAUAUAUUCAUUCACUGCCAUCAUAUCAGGCUGAUUUUCCAUUGUCAUCAGUUUUUUACGGUAGACAGAUUCCAAGUCAGGUAUCAGAAUGGGGAAAGAUGAGCAUGUGUGACGCAGAGAGAAGACUUCUUGCUAAUGCCUUGCUCGAUAUACACAACGAGUGGUUUGUUCUACUUUCCGAGUCAUGCAUUCCCCUCUUCAAUUUUACUACCGUAUACCACCACAUAUCAAAAUCCAAAUAUAGCUUCAUUGGCGCACUUGAUGAGCCGGGGAAGGACGGUAGAGGGCGCUAUAAUUACAGCAUGUUGCCUGAGGUUAACAUCACCCAAUGGCGUAAAGGGUCGCAAUGGUUUGAAAUCAACAGAAAACUUGCUCUCUACAUUGUUGAAGAUGCUAAAUUCUACCCAAAAUUUUCAGAGUUCUGCAAACCAGAGUGUUAUGUGGACGAGCACUAUUUUCCGACCCUUUUGACUAUUCGGGCUGCAAAUUUACUGGCAAAUAGAACCAUAACUUGGACUGACUGGUCGAGGGGAGGGGCUCACCCGGCUACAUUUGGACAAUCAGAUAUCACCGAGGAAUUCAUGAAGAGAAUUCUUGAAGGCCAAAGUUGUGUAUAUAAUGACAAUUCAUAUUCCAUUUGUUAUCUUUUCGCUAGAAAAUUUGCUCCUAGUGCUCUGGAUCGGUUAUUCUCCUUGGCACCCAAGUAUUUGGGAUUUUAGACGAGGAAUCAAUUCUUAUAUUUUGAAAAGAAUCCUCUGCAUAGAUUUCUCGAAAGAUGAAACUAAUAUUCGAUGCCAUUUAAGAUUUUACGUGUGUUGUGUUCU